AUGUUUUUCCUUUUGCUAACCCUUCAAUUCAUCGAGCAGCUCCUAGCGACACUUUGCUCUCAUCAGAACUCGAUGCAAUGUCUGCCUGGAUGGACUUGCCGCAAUUUCACAUUCCCGUUCGGUGUCCUGGAGUCGAUCGAGCUCACCGAAGAGACUUUCUGGCUUUGCAUUGAUGGCAGAGAGCCGGAGUGGCACGAGGAAGGCUACGAUUUGAGAGGCAGCCUCACCAAACAGUGCCAUCAUUCGAAUUUCUUCCGAAAUGAAAUUGAGGAAAGGAUCAUUUCCAAUGAGGAUUCUUCACAUUUUCGGCCAACACUUGAGACGGGUGUCAGUCCGGAGAUGAUACGUCAAGAUCUCCUUUUUCUGAUGAUGGUGGAAAGUGUGCUUGAAGAAGAUGUAAACGAGAGUUACAUUGAGUGCACGAAUCAACACCGAAACAGAGCCGAUGAACUUCGAGAGGCCGGCUUCACACCGAUUACGAGACUCUGGUCUUUCCUCUGUCGAACCGAUCAGGAGUGCCCGUCGAGGGAAACUUGUGUAAAUGCGCUGGACAUUCACAAACUGUUCACGAGGCUCAAUCUGAGGCGCUGGAAAACGAUCGGCUUCUGCCGUCCCAUUACUUCCCUUCAAUCCGACGCUGAUUCCUAUUGUGCCCCAAAGACGGCGUUAGCUCUUCAGCAUUUGGCUUUCUUCGCUGGCGUUCGCGAGAUUAGCGAAUACGAUUUGGAUGGGAAAAUUUUGGAGAAUUUCGCGUUGAGCCCGAAAAUUUUAUUUUACGGAGGGCACCAUUUGAAAUCGCUUUUAUUCACGAAAGCUUUCGAGAUUCAUUCAAAUUGUGUGAGGAGUGUCGCU